GAAGUGCACAUUUAUUUCCUGAAUUUGAAAGAUGGAUGGGAGUCUAGGGGAGAUGUCGCUCCACAGCCACAGCCACUCGGACCUGGCGCACAGUCAGGACGGCAGGGCCAUGCUGCACUCGCGGGACCUUUCAGCUGCUUUCCCCAGGCCCUCCCUCGGGGGACCCUCCAUGUCUCUGGAGCACGAGCCCCGUCCGCCGGGCUUCGACCACUCCAUGUCUGCAUUGGGCUACAGCGGCGACUCCCCGUCCAGCUCCGGAAGCACCUACACCACCCUGACCCCCCUGCAGCCCUUCGACGACAAGUUCCACCACCACCACCACCACCACCACCCGUGUCUCCCAGUCAGCAACGUCAUCGGCAGCUUCACCCUCAUGCGUGAGGACCGGGCGCACCUCAGCACCAACUUCUACAACCCCUAUGGCAAAGAUCUCGCCAUGUCCCAAAACCUCUCGCCCCCCUCCACAGGUUCAGGCCUUGGCUCCUCCAUGCACGGCUACGGCAGCCCCAACGCCAGCGGCGGCCAGAUGCUCCACGGCGGCUAUGACGUCCACAGCGGGAGCCUUUUCUGCAGGACAUCAGAUUUCGGCCGUGAGAUGUCGCCACCGGGCCUGGGAGGAGGCGACGUGUCGGUGGGGCAUCAGCUGAACAAAAUGGAGGCCCACCAGCAUCCACCGAGCCACCACCCUCACCUCUACAGCCAGCACUACCAGCCUCACCAUCACCCCAGCCAGCAGGCCUCCAAGAUGUCCGAGCACCUGCACUCCUCCUCCUCAGCCGCGUCCUCGCCCGGAGAGGGCAUGCUGUCGGGCGGCGGUGGAGGCGGCGGCGGCGAGGAGAUCAACACCCGGGACGUGGCCCAGAGGAUCAUCACCGAGCUGAAGAGGUACAGCAUCCCCCAGGCCAUCUUUGCCGAGAGGGUGCUGUGUAGGUCACAGGGCACGCUGUCUGACCUCCUGAGGAACCCCAAGCCCUGGGGCAAGCUCAAGUCGGGCCGCGAGACCUUUAAGAGGAUGUCCCGCUGGCUGCAGGAGCCCGAGUUUCAAAGGAUGGCCUCGCUCCGGCUAGAGGCUUGCAAGCGGAAGGAGCAGGAGCAGAGCAAGCUGGAACGCAACCAGGGCCCCAAGCGCACCCGGCUGGUGUUCACGGACCUGCAGCGACGCACGCUCCUGGCCAUCUUCAGGGAGAACCACCGCCCCACCAAAGAGCUGCAGGUCACCAUCUCCCAGCAGCUCGGCCUCGAGCUCUCCACUGUCAGCAACUUCUUCAUGAACGCCCGCCGACGCAACGUCAACAAGUGGGCGGACGAGGGCCGUCCCUCCUCCACGGGUUCCUCGGGCUCCAGCGUCUCCUCCUCCGCAGUGUCCUGCAGCACGGCAUGAUGACGGAAUGCCGUGGAUGUGCGGCGGGGAGGGCGCCGAGGGAGCAAGGGGGCACAUAGACUGGUCUAGGCAGAGACCAGCCGUAAUAAAUGUCCUCCUCGUUAUCAGAAGGAGCGACGGAGCCAGCUACUAUAGAUGAUUUUAUGAAGACGAAGCAUUUUUCCCAAACCAAAGUUGAUCGCUCCCUUGAAAUGGAAGGGGGGCGAUACCCAGAGUGAUAUGAGCGCAGGAUGCGAGGGUCCUGCUUGUAUAGUCGAGGGCGCAAAAAUGAUUUGACUCAAAGACGAGUCACGCCCUCACAUAGACUUCAUCUCAUUGCGUUAUUUUGAUUAUCUAGAUUAGAGAUAAUGAGGGUAUUACAAAUCAGGAGAAAGCAUAUUUUGGUGUACCUUCAAAUCUGUAGUCAUCUCUCCAAACGUGAAGAAUCAAGAGGUGCCGUUUGCUCACACCUGGAGAGCGCCAUCGUGUAACUUUUUAAUCAAAAGUGUUCGCCAUCAUCCAAAGACGUUUAACCUCCCUUACUGUUCUUAUGGUUCCCUUUUUUUUCCUCACAAAUCAAGGUGAAAGAGGAAGGAAAGGUUUUUUUUUUUUUCUCUCUCUCAAGAACCUUAUUCCCCUUUCUUAGCAUGUGUUUCCAUGGCGACGGUUCCCAGGACUAUAUGGCAUUGUUCCAAGUUCCGAGCCUGGAAUUAUCAGGAGGGUUCUGUAGCGUCCGUGACUCCCAGCUGUCAAUCAUCCACCACCAACAGGAAGUCUUUUUCCUGUGAGUUUUUUUUCUUUUCUUUUUUUUUUUUUGCAAAGAUGGUCCCACCUUGAAUGAAUCAGAGUUUUCAAGGGGGAACCGCAUCGUGCUGCACGCCAGGACAGAAUCAAUAAACACAAGCGAGAAAGCAAAAAAAACAGACUUAUUGGUGCAACCGUCUAGCUUUAAGACUCUCAGCGAGCUUCCUAAAGAAAAGCUCCGCAGCCAUUUUUUGACUCAAAAUCAAGCCAAAAAAAACCCAAAAACAAACGAGAAGAAGGAAAGCCAACCUUUGAACACAAAGGUGCACGGGGGAAGAGAUACACCUGACACAAUGUAUAGUGACAUUGUCGUAUUUUUUCCACUCAUACACACCUCUGCUCCAUUACGAAAUCUUUUUUUUACAGAUGUCUAGAAAAAAAAUGGAGGAAUGUGAUUCUUUCAGCCCUUUUUGUACAGAUUUCAAGCACAUCGCUCUAUUUAUAGAAAAAAAACACGUUGGAAGUGUGGGGCGGUUUGUUUCAGCCCCACUGACGUACAAGGUCAUUUUUUUGGUCCACAAAGGAAAGGCUUUAACACGCCUCCUUAUAGCCAAGAGUCAAAUCAAAACCAAGAACGUUUCAAAUGCAAUUGCUGAUCUGAUCAAUGUAUUUAUUACUGCAUUUGUGUAUUUAUUGUUUUCCCUUUUUUUUUCCUCUCUAUUUAUUUGGUUAUUUAUUUAUGCUAUCUAUAUACUGUAAGUAUUUAUUUAACAAUGCUCUGUAUGUCUGUGUGAAACUGAAGACUUUUUCUGAUGGGCACUUUUAGCUGUAGAAUCCCAUCGUAAUACCAAAGAUUAACAUUGCCUCCCUGAAUGUACGGCCUGAAUCCCUAAAAACCCCCCAAUACCCGAUCUCGACCCAGCCCCGCCCCGCCUACCCUGUGAUGUUCUGUAUCUCCCCCUCUUGAAGGCCCGGCCUUUGUUUUUGUUUUUUGUAGGAAAAUGGGGAUUUCUUUACUUUUGCAAAUGUCUCUGCGGUCCGCUCUAAAUGCCAAGGCCAAAGCUUGUUUGAAUGUUGUGAUAAUAUUUAUAAUUAUUAAUACUAUGAAUAAUUACAACAAUAAUAAUAAUAAUAAUUCUGAUGAUGUGGCAUCCCAUAGGUUCACAGGUUGCUUGUAAAGUUGUGUUCAGACCAAUGCCAUCUGGCGGAGUGUGUAAAGCGUCUGGGGACCCACUUAAAGCGCCGAGCGAAGGCCCCAUUAAGUGCAAGUCCUUUAGGGUCACAUGCAAACAUGCGUACUGUGUGUCUGCCUGGGGAAAAUGCAUGGUUGUGACCCCCCUCCACAUCUCCCUCACCAGCCCCCCCCCCUCACCCCAGUGCAGUGCAGACACUCCUGUCUACGUUCAACUCAGUGUGAUCUCACCGUCCUCCACAUGCCAAGCCCUUCUGCCAGUUGUCUCAGUUCCAAGAGGGUUUUUUAGGGUUUGUUCACGGACCUCUGGGGUUUGUAAGGCGGGUCCCUCAUUUCUGGGGAUCUUGGGUUUUUACUUUCCCAGGGUUCUGAAUGUCUUACGGAUUGUUCCUGGCCCUAAAGGGUCUCAGGAUUUGUUUCUGGCCUUCUGCGAUUCUUUCUGGAUUGCUUCUCAUCCUCUCAAUCUCUGAUUUGACUGUGAGGCCUUUGAGGCUUUUUGGGGAGGUUUGGUUUUGUUCCUCGGGUUCUGAAGGUCUUGGGGUUUGUUCCUGACCCUUUCUUUGUUUUUAUGGUGUCUUCCUAAUGUCUUGGGAUCUUAGGUUAAUGUGCCCUGAGUUCUGAAGGUUUUCGGGGUUUGUUCUUGGACCUUUGGGGAACUUAAGGUGUCUCACUUAUCUUCUAGGGAUCUUGAGUUUUGUUGGGUUCCAAAGGUCUUAAGGUCUGUACCUGCUGGUCUUGGGUUGGAAAGGUAUGGGCACGCUUAGUCGACCAAAUGUGUAAAUAUCAUCCUGACCAGUCAGCGCCAGAAUAACUAGUCGGUUAACAAUGUAUUUAUAUUCGUAUAUGCCAGUCAAACUGAAACGCAGUCACCCGCCACUAGCUGGGGCUGUAGGCAUAGACUGGCUGUAUCUCCGGUUAACGGGCCUGCUCUCCCCGCUCUACUACCAGGAUGUAAACAAGCACAGGGAACAGAUAGCAUCUCGUAGGAGCAGCUCGGUUUAGCAGGAUUUCGAUCAGUAAAAUGUCGAUAAAAAACGUAUGUAGGCUGUUUCGCCACACUCAGCACAGACAUGUGGACGUUAACCUGCAGCGAAAACCAAAGGCUGACGGUGCUAGCACUGCUAAUGUUAGCCACUCUCUGCAGAAAUUACAUUGUUUACCUGCAGACAGUUUUGUAACCAGUUUAACCGACUAGGAAAUCAGUCGCCUUGGAACGUCCCAAGAACCUGAUUGUCAGGGAUCUUUGGCUCAUGUGCAAAGAGUUCUGGACCCCUCAGGAGUUGCCUGUUGUGAGGGUCCUCUUGGCUGUUCCUCCUCUUCUGCAAAAGUUUAUUCCUCAUGCUAAAAGGAAUCUCUGAUAUUGUGGUCCUGUGGGCCCCAAGAGGUGGUUCCUGACCAUUUAGGGUUUUGCGGACUGUAUAUGGCCUUCUUAUGUUCUUUUGAGUUAUUCCUCAUGGUCUGUUGAUUCCUGGUUGAAUUUGAGGCCUCUUAGCCUGAGACACAACAGCGUCCAUGUGUGUUGCGUUCCGUCUGCGCCAUACCCGAGGUUAUGCUCUAUGUGUUCCCAUGUUGGACUUCCUGUCUGGGUCCAUCUGCUCCGUUCCGAUGAACGUCUGCUGGAAAAGUAGACUCGGCGUGUAUGUCUAGCAGAGCAGAUUGGUGCUGCUUGAACACGACUCAGACGGGCUGUGGUGCUGACAGCACAAACAGGAGUAUUGACUCGAGAGGGCGCGACCAGCACCAGAGUGCGUGGAAAGGCAGAAUGCGGCACACACGGAUGAAGUGGGGUCUCCUGGAUAGGCUUGUAGGCUUUGUCCUUGUACCGCUAGGUUCUAAGAGUGAGAUCCUCAUCUUGUAGGUUGCUGCUGUUGGGGUUUGUGUCCUUUGCCAGGUGAGCGUGUUUGGGUUUACUCCUGAUGAUCUGGGGUUCUUGGGGUUUGUUUUAGGUUUUCUAACAUUUUUAAGGAUCCCUCCAACAACCUGCACAGGCAAUAGUGAUUUGAUUUGUCAGCAUUCUGCUUUGUGAAUGCCUAAAUCAGAGGAAAAAUCACCUAAGACCCGAUUCUUUGACCCUUGUGUAAAUGCUGCCAAAGAGUGGCGAGGAUAGCUUGGCGGUUUUCCACAGACUCUCUCUCUCGUUUCUCUCUCUUGUUCUCUGUCUUUAACAUUGGAAGGGGCGGAUUGCCAGGGCCCCCUUCACAGCGCGCACUUGAAAGACGGGCGGUCAUGAAAGAGGCCAUCGACUUUUUCGCAGACUUCAAAGGGGAAGCUUUUUUCAUCCCGUCUCCUCUCUGGGUAUCUGGUCUGGGGUCCGCUCUUGGCCAGACCUGUGGGCUUUAGGGGGCAUUCAGAGGGGGCGGGAGGAGAUCAGAGAGGAGGCUGAAUCAUCCAGAAUGAGGACGGUGGUAGUGGUGUGUGUGUAGGAAAGGUGGGAGGGAGGCUGUUUGAGGAAUAGGAGGUGUUGGAGUAGUGGGGCAUGGAGCUGAAUUAAACUUUAAUGAGCAACAAUUGUAAGCAUGCUGAGAGCAGAGGGGGGCGGUGGUGGGGUGUGCGGUCGAGUCAGUACAGGGGAGGGGGAAUAAAAAAUAAAAGACCUUGGAGGCUCCUCUGCCGACCCCUGCUUGCUACUGUCAUUGUAUCAAAGCUGAGGUGACACCUUUCAGGUUUCUCUUUGUCCGUCUGACUGGGAGCCUAAAAUGGAGACAGAGCUUUUUGUAUUGAGCCACCUUCUGCUCCUGUCAAGUGGGAGAGAUCUUCCCUUUACUGUGCAGGAAGGAGGCGGGAGGCAGGAGGAGGGAAUCCAGUAAGCUGCUGCAGGUGAUCCGCAUUGCUAUGUAAGCCUGCGGCACCCCCUAGUGGCAGUCUUAGAAAUUUGAUCCAGAAACAAGUCUGGAAGCCGAGGCUGUCGCAGAGCCAUUCCAAGGAGGGUAGAAAUAAGAAGUUAGCAGAACUGAAAGCUUAUUUGUACUUUCAGGAUUUAAAAAGAAAAAAAGACAAAAAAAGACCAGAAAAAUGUAAUUAUUUUGAUAAACCAAAAAAAAAAAAAACAACAACCAAAGAUUGAUGGGUGACUGCUGAAUCAAAAUGUAUCAAGGGUAGUUUUAGCAGUUUCCUAUCAGAGCUACCGUAGCACUCAGAGGAUUCAAAAAGCACCAGUGGGGUUCGGCGUGCUGACUAUUUAUGUUGCAUUAAACAGUAUUAUGUUGACCUGGAACUGAGAAACUGACAUGAGGCAGUGUCUUCAGAUGGAAGUCUUUUGACUUUGUGUCCUCCCCCCCGCCUGUCCCCGCCCCCUCCCCUGUGUGUACAUGAAGACUUUACCCAUCUACCUCAACUGUGUGAGAUGUUGUGUGGCAAAGAUAUUCCUUAACCAAAGAAUCCAUCCUGUCAGGGUGUCUGUCUAACUAUCUAUCUAUCUAUCUAUCUAUGUCUGUCCAUCCGUCUCUUCUUCAUGCCUUUUACUCCAAACCAAAUGUGCUGGAAUCAAUCCGCAACAGGAGCCGAACGAGGCCCCCGUCCAGCCAAAGCUAAAGUCCAGUAUGCUAGAGUGUCCCAUUGAUCCAUGUUCUGUAUAUACGUCAAAUCAUUCUCAAGACCAAAAAAAAAAAAAGAAGGAGGUGACAAUCCAAGCAAGGAGGAUCUUGCUGUAAUCAACGUUGCCUAUUCCUUGUUUUUCCAAAAGCUAGAAUCGUGUGACUUGCUGUUAACAGAAAAGCCCAAGAAUCAAGCACUCAUCCCAAAAUAAAAAAAGGUCGGAGGAGACAGAAGCUAUUUUUCCACAUUUGUAAGCCACCCCUCCCACCCCUGUUUUUUCCAAAAUGUUUAGUGUAGUUGAAAUACUGUUUGAUCCCACUGUUGUAAGUAGGAAUUAAUGAAAUCCAUACAAAAAGCUUUAAACGGGGAAGAGCUGAGGGGAAUAUUAUAUUUGACUGAGUCGGACUUUCCUCAGCUCGGACCCGACCCACCAUGCUUUAUCGUGCCAUUCUUGUCCAUGUGUUAGACUUACUAAUGAAUGUGGCUAACCAACCAAAGGCUUUAAAAAAUAAAAGAUACACAACACUUUAAACGUCAAUCAUGGUGGGACAUUUUGUAUCAACAACUAAAGAAAAAUCCCUUUGAAUACCUCAUGUGAAAAUUGUUUGUUGUGAUGUUGCACUAAAAAAAUAAAAAUGACUCAUUUGUAACCCAA